UGUUACUUUAUUAUCGGCAAUUCUCAUGUCUCGAAAAACACAUUGAGAUUACUAUUUAAGCCCUAAUAAUCCAACUAUCAGCAAUCCCAUCAUAUCAAACAUCUAAAAAUGUCAAACCCAGAAGUCAGCAGACAACAAGCCCUCCGGGCUCUUGAGACGGCCAUUUUCGUCCUUGGUCAGGCGACAGAUUCAUGCUGCAUAGCAGAAGAUGCGAUAGAUGUCCCCAGAGCCUUCUCUAUAGUUGCAAAGCAUCUCCCAGUUGUUGAGCGGGUAUUCACUUCAGUACGCACGUAUUUGAAACAGAGCAAAGAGGAGACAGAACAAACAAAGGAGCUGUACUCAGUUAUCAAGCAUGUAGGAGACGGUGGCUGCGGACAACUGAGAUCUAUCGAGCAUCUAUUCGACACUGUUACACAAGAUGGAGAGAAGAUGGAACGUUACGCCUCAGCUGUCAAGAGUGGCGAUGGGAGGAAAGUCGAGACGAUCAUGUUAGACCUUCUAACCAACGCCAGUCUUGUCGCAUCGGAUCCUCUUGUAAGCCAAGACAACAUCGAGACUUUACAGAGGGCUCUGGAAGAAGUGAAGAAACUGCCCCCGUCCCUGGAGGAAGAUCGCAGCGCUGCAGUGGUAUUGAACAAUAGCGGAUCAGGAAAUCAGUUCUAUCAUGGCGGAACGGGGAAUCAGAAUCAUUGCUCUGGCGGAUUUCAGGUGAAUGGGGAUAACCAGAACGCCAGAUACACGUACGCGGAGAAGGCCAAAGCAAAUGAACAAUCGGACAGUUGAUGGUCGGAGGAGAUGGUCUACCAAACGAUACGGUUUAAUUGUCAUCUACACUAGGCGAACCCUCCCGUAGGAACGCAUUCGGGAUAGACUUUGACGCCAGUUAUUCAGCUUCAAUCCGGCGUCCAACCCCAUAGACCCAAUCAAAGCAUCAGAUA